AUGUCCUUUACUCGGAACACGACUAUUCAACACAUCCCUGACAUCCCCUCCAUUCCUACUUUCAAGUUCACUUUCAUGAAAGCAAGUGAUAUUGCAUCUAAUAAGGAUCUGCAAAUGAAGCUAAUUGAGAGAGAUGUUAUCAAAGUAACCAUCUGGGGAAGAGUUAUUGAACAGUUAGAUAAGAUAGUUGAUGAAGCCGGAGAUAGACAUAUUAUACUGGUCAUAACUGCUGUUACUGUGAAUAAAUACAAAGAGAAACUAUCAUUUUCUUCUUCCGAGUCCACAGUUUUGUAUGAUACUCCUGAUAUCCCUGCAAUUUUACAAUACAUGAAUGUGGAACCAGAACUCCGCAUCUUUGUAGAAGAGGCUUCAGGUCCUAUGUUUCCUGAUGUUUCCCUUGCAAAACUUCUGGAAUUGCCGAUUGAUCCAGACAAUGAGGAAAUGGAAUUUUCUGUUGAGUGCAAAGUCAUCGGAAUCAAGGCUGGAUGGUGUUAUAUGGCCUGCCCUAGCUGUGUCUAUAAGCCGAUAGAAAGGCAAGGCCAAUCUUUUUCUGUAAGAUGCAACAAGAAUACACCAGUUAAGACUGCCAGGUACUGUGUGAAGCUUGAGGUGCAAAGCGAGUCUAACUCGGCAAUCUUUAUCAUCUUUGCCUAUGAAGCGCACCGAUCCUUUGGAAUCAGAGCUAAUGAACUUUUUGACAAGACUGGACAAAACAGUAUUUCAACUCCUGAGCAACUCCACGAGAUAGUGGGUACCACAAAGGAAUUCCAUGUCAAAUUCAAGUUCAAUCCGUACGAAGAUGGGCAAGCUGAUUUCACUAUGCUCAGAAUAUUGGAUGGCACUGCACAGGAGAAAGAUUUUCCCCUGCACAAGGAUGGAUCCUCUUCGUCUAUUACAACUGAUAUCGAGUCAUCCCAACCUUCACCUAAUGCAAAAUAA